ACCAUCAUGGCACCUUCUAUGCUAACAGCAAAAGUGGGCGUUGCUCCUCACCCAGGGGACCCUGCUCCCCCUUCAUCAACAGAGCAUUCGGAUGUGGAGUGCCCCAUCUGUUACCACGAGUACAACCCGUACCACAAGUGCCCCCGCAUGUUGGAGUGUUUGCACGUCUUUUGCACUGAGUGUCUACACAGAAUCCAGCUGUGCCCACUUGCUCCCGGGGACCCCCACAGCCCACCCGCCAUCCCCUGCCCGCUCUGUCGCCACCUCACCCCCCUCGAGAGCGGAGAUGCCCACUCUCUCCCCUGUAACUCCCUCAUACUCGCCCGUCUGGCCCCAGUGCCCUUCAGACUGCCUGCCACCAUGGCCACACCUUUAGCCACAGUGACCCAGAGAGUGGUGUUGUCUCUGGAAGGAGAGAACCGUGAUGCCCGCUACAUCAUCCUGCCCACGGUGAGCCUCAGGGUGCAGCAGAUGCACCCGGCCAGACCAUACGGGACUGCCCCUGGUCUGAUGGGUGAGGAGGAGGCUAUACAGCAGAGCUCGAGGACUCUGCGCAGGGUGCAGGUGCUGGCUGUGCUCUUUUGGGUCGUGUUUGUGAUCAUCUGUGUGAUUGGAGUGGUGUUUGGGCCACAUUUCUUCAACAGAAAAUUAUAGGUUUGUCACAGCUGGCGACUUGUAAAGGUCCAUGAUUGGCAGUUAUAAAAAGAGGCAGCAGCUCCCUCUAGCGGAUACAUUUGUAAUAAAGAUUUU